UCCAUCCUACGUCUGCCUAUCCGGACUCGAAGUAUGGGGGAAUAUGUCGCCGGAUCUGACCCGUCAUGGGAUCCUUACAAGACCCCGCUUCGAGCGCAGUUCGCAAAUGCAUAGAAGACAACUCUUUCUACAAUGAAGAAGGUGAAGAAUAUGGCGCGUCGAAAUUUGGCGGCUUUGGCGAGUACAUCCGACGCAAGAAGAUCAAGUUGCAAAACCGCGAUGCCGAAAUACGUUCAUCCUCCGUUGGUAAUCCUCCGAUCUUUCGCGGUGUGAUAGCACAUGUGAAUGGCUACACUCAACCCUCUUUCCAAGACCUUCGUCAACUUAUAGUGAGCUAUGGCGGUUCAUUUCUCCACUACCUGGAUGGAAAGACCGUAGCUACACAUAUCAUCGCUACUGCUUUGACUCCCAAGAAACGGGAAGAAUUCAAAAGAUACCGCAUAGUGAAGCCAACAUGGGUGAUUGACAGUAUCAAAGCUGGGCGGCUGCUUCCUUGGGACAACUACAAGGUGAUAGAUCAGGGCCAGACUCAGAAGGUUCUUAGUUUCCAUAAUGGCCAUAUGUCGAGCCAGGUGCACCAUCAGUGGUCGCGUUACAAGGAAGAGGCCGGUUCUGGUCAGCAUAACCCCCGUCCUGGAAACUCUGACGUAAUAAGCCUUGAAUCCAAUAAACCCAACAAGUCCUCACUGUUAUCAUCCGGAUAUGACGACUGUGAUGAUGAGUCGCUGUCUGAUUAUGGCGAAUUCCCCAGUUUUACCACUCAAGAGGAGAGAGCUUGUGAUUCUUUGGCCGGGAAUUCUUCGAAGGAAGAUGCUGGCUUGGAUCCAGCAGCGAGGAAUGUUGAACCGUGCAACGGGAUACUCAACGGAUCUCUACAACCUGGAGCUGGCGUUGCGCAAGCACUACCCCUGACAGGAAAUUCUUUUCCUCCUCCCAAAACGGUCAUAAGCCCUGAAGCGUACAAUGCACAGCUCUUGUCGGAUUCUCGGAUGCGGACCGCAUCUGCGCUCAAUCCUGACUUCCUUCAGCAGUUCUACAGGGAAUCCCGUCUGCAUCAUCUCUCGAUAUGGAAGGCAGAGUUAAAAGCACAACUGCAGUCAGCGGCUAAUGAGAAAUCCAAACCUCAACUUGGCCGGAGAAAAUUAACCCCCGGAUCGAGGAGGUAUAUUCUCCACGUAGACUUUGAUUGCUUUUUUGCGGCAGUCUCAACUCUCAAGCACCCUGAACUUGAAGGGAAACCGGUCGCCAUUGCUCAUGGCACUGGACCUAGUUCUGAAAUAGCCAGCUGCAACUAUGCAGCUCGGGCGUAUGGUAUCAAGAAUGGAAUGUGGAUGAAAGGUGCCUUGGACGCGUGCCCCGAGCUUCAAGUUUUGCCCUACGAUUUCCCCGCCUACGAAGAUGCCAGCCGCAAGUUCUACAGUUCGAUUCUCUCCAUCGACGGGAUUGUGCAAAGUGUGAGUAUCGACGAGGCCCUCGUUGACAUAAGUACUCUGUGCCUUGAAGCUGGUGGCUCCGACGGUAGAGGUGUAACCGAAGGAUCCAUAUAUCGGGAACAGGCAAAGGCAGAUGAAAUUGCCCAAGGCCUCAGAGCUUCUAUAAAAGAGAAGACGGGAUGCGCCGUCUCUGUUGGCAUUGGUGGCAAUGUCCUGCUUGCCAAAGUCGCUUUACGGAAAGCGAAGCCGGCUGGCCAGUUUCAUCUGAAGCCAGACGCCGUCUUGGACUUUGUAGGCAACUUGACGGUUCAGGAUCUUCCUGGUGUCGGGUACAGCCUCAGCGCAAAGCUCGAGGAGCUGGGUGUCAAAUUCGUCAAGGACGUCAGGGACAUUUCCCGAGAAAGACUAGCCUCCAGCUUAGGGCCCAAGACAGGUGGGAAGAUUUGGGAUUAUGCUCGCGGAAUUGACCGAACAGAAGUCGGCAACAGCGUGUUACGAAAGUCAGUUUCGGCUGAAGUCAACUGGGGAAUUCGAUUUGUCACUCAAGAUCAAGCUGAGGAUUUUAUUAGAUCCCUGUGCGGUGAACUUCACAAGCGUUUGCUUGAAAACCUGGUCAAAGGCAAGCAGCUAACGCUCAAAGUUAUGCGGAGAUCCCUGGACGCUCCAUUGGAGCCUGUCAAGCACUUGGGGCAUGGGAAGUGUGAUGUAUUCAAUAAAAGCAUCAUACUUGGUGUCGCCUCCAAUUCGAAGGACAUCCUCGGGAAAGAAGCAGUCUCCAUGCUUAGGAGCUUUUGCUUUUCCCCUGGGGACCUGAGAGGACUAGGUGUCCAGAUGACAAAACUUGAACCCCUCAAGCCUGGGGUAACAGUGACCUCUGAGAGUAGUCAGCAACAGCUUGACUUUAAGAGAUCUCCAGCUCAUAAUAGCAUCCAGCGAGACCGUGAUCCAGAUGAUCUAGAUAGCCCCAGAAAGGGUAACGUGUCUAGUUGGGAUGUUUCUGAAUCUGUCAGGCUCGGUCCCUCCCUGAACGAUAGCAGUCAUAAGCCCUUGAACAUAUCUGGGACUCAGUUUGUUAUGCCGACCCAGGCUGAUCCGAAAGUUGUCGCUGAGCUCCCUAGUGACAUCAGGUCGAAACUUGUAUCUCAGGCUAAGCAUGGAAACGAUUCCCGUCCUACAUCUCCCUCUCCGCCUUCUCGACGGCGGAUACCAGUUGCAGCAGAACUCCCUCCCCAGUCACAGCUCGAUCUUGAAACCCUAUCGGCCUUGCCUGACGAUGUACGGGCUGAAAUCAUGGCCUAUUAUGAUCAGCCCCAAAGAAGUGCUACAUCACAGCCAUAUAUUACAGGGUCUGCUCCUUUUUCACGUCCUCGCUCCUCCGAUUCUUCGAAGACCAAAAGACCGUCUACGCCUACCAAGAAACGUCGUGGUCGCCCCCCAGCCAAACCAGUCGGCAACAAGACACUCAUGCAAUCUGGUUUUGUACUUCCCCGACCCGCAACUCCCCAGAGCAACCCUGGUGAAGAAGAAUUCUCAAGACAAUCAACCCUUUCUUUGGAACAAACUGAGAUAUCAGAAGAGUUCCUCGAAGCCCUCCCGGAUGACAUUCGCCGCGAGAUACUGGAAGAGCAAAAAAGAGCUCGCACUCUUCAACAACGCCCAAGGUUUCAAGCAGCCGCUUCAUCCAGCCGAAACCCCAUACCUCCAGCCCCCCAGACUACAAGACCAAGACGACUCACUCUCCCUCCUCGUCCCGAGAAACCCACGUUCACAUCACAGAAAUUAUCUAGCCUACCAGAACUACGCAAUGCCAUUUCUUCAUGGUACUCCGCCUUUGCGAGUGAAGGGCCCAUUGACGAGGAUGUAACAGCUUUAGCCGACUAUCUACGAUGUGUCGUCCUUGAAGAAAAGGAUAUGGACAAGGCUUCCUCCCUGGUUAAAUGGCUAUCCUGGCUAGUUGACGAUGGACGGAACCAGAACCAGGAUGCUAUUCAUAUUGGCCAAGAAUCCUCUAAUGUUCCUGUCGGCGGGGCCUCCCAAGAUGCGGCAGUGACAUGGGAUGAGGCCCUUCGGCUGUUGCGGGAGAGUGUGACAAAUGCUGCAGAUGAAAGGGGCUUGCCACCAGUCGAGCUUGAUUGAUGUUCUUAUUUACCCUCUUGGCCUGGCUUGUGCUUGUUGUGCAAUACAUAUAUAUAGGACACAAAUGAUGGCUAUGGUUUGUAAUGAACUUAACUUAUGGAAUGUUUUAAAACUCUUCCUCAACAGGAAGCCUGUUUAAUUCUAGUCCGACCUUACAACACCCCGGCAGGUCAAACCAAUAAACUACCUUGCACAGACAGGAGCAGGCUCUGAUGGCAUUCUUGACCGGAAACAUGGAGUCUCACGUCCAGAAAUAGAACAACCUAUAUCUUGUUAACCCCGAUUCCACGCCUCGUCUUUUAGGAAUCCGCGGGCUUGCCAACCAACAUGGCAUAUAUUUCGUAUUCACGCGGUUAAAGAAGACCCCGUCCAACUCACAACCUGCGUGGCCACCGGCAAACGGCUCUAGCCAGAGAGUAGCUGACCGAGUGUGAAGACCACGACUGCCACGAGGCUGUCCCUCCAGAUCAACCAGAUGCAGCGGUCCAUGACGCUCCGUUGAUCUUGGUAGAUGCCAAGGAGCAAUGUCUAUGCGAGGUCUCUAUUGGACAACCCGGUACCUCACUCUCAGUUACGUAUGGCCACGAUUCAAGGUAAUCCAACUCGAAAGGAUAAUAGGGAAAGUCUUUUCAGGCAGGCGGCAUUACGAGCACUUGAAAACAGACUACCGAAUGUGGUGCAGGAUGCCAUGGCCAUCACAGCUGGCCUCGGGGAGCAAUACAUCUGGAUCGGCUCGCGGUGUAUUGUGCAAGACGACUAGGACGAAAGCCCGGCUGAUCGGGAGGAUGAACUGGAUAUACGGAGAUGCCAUCUUGAACAUUGUAGUCGCCACGGCGAGGACUCCGGAGACAGAUGGACGCUUUUGGGGGCAUUGUGGUGGCUAUUAGUCCCAAUUUUGCGCACACGAGGAUAAUCCUCCGAGCUACCCUUCAGUCUCGAAUAUAUUCAUCCUUCCCUUCGUACGGAAUUUUAACUGCCUUCCCCAAGCUACGACACGCAGCAAUAUGAUGCCUUUCCCCAACUGUAACCAGUAAGAGCCAAAUCUCCUGCUCGAUGCAAUACAUCGAGGGUGUUAUUUUCAGGGCCUCAGGAACUUGGAGAUCCGCUACAGUAAUGUGCGCAAA